UCACUGAGGACGUGGACAAGGCGUGGCGGAAAAACCGGACGGAGGAGCACAAAGAGAUCGACGAAGCUUGCGCAAACUCACUGACACGACAGCGGCUGAGUUCUUCCACGUGGACCCUGUCAUUGACCAAAACACACUACUGUACUCCGUGGCAGCCUGGGGGCGCGCACGCAGUCGCCUUUGCGCAGUGCAGACCACAGGGCGGCGCGAGCAGGGCGGUGCGGGAUAGAGGUGAUCUCCAGAUAUGAACCUGUAAGGUGUCGGAAUUAAUGCCUUUUGCUGCUCAUACAUCAACUAUGCAGACAGGUAUGCUCAUGGAGUGUCACCUGGACCAGCUGGUUCCACGUGUUCUGUCUCUGACCCUGCUGGUACACCUGUGCCUAGCUGCACCAGGUCUUCCAGGAACACAGAGGGAGGAAUCAGUAGAUGCCCAUCCCCCUUCUGCAGCACUACCCAAUCCCUUUGGCUCUGGAGAGGAGGAACGCAGUUUGAGACAGAGUUACAUUCAAUCAAGCCUGAAGAAUGGAGGUCAAGGAGGACCAGAAAUCACCACCUGGGAACAAGAGGUAUUCUUCCUGUUUGGCCUUUAUGAUUAUGAUCGCAGUGGGUUCUUAGAUGGCUUGGAGAUGAUGAAGCUCCUCUCAGAUUUUUAACUCCCAUCAUAUACCUGGAGCAGAGGCCAGUGAGCAGGUGGUUUCUAUGGUAGAUUUCUUACUACAGACUCAGGAUCUAAACCAGGAUGGUCUGCUGGCUCUAUCUGAGCUGCUCUCCCCUUCACUCACUCACACACAGGACCCAAGCAACAACAAUGCACCUCAGCAGGAGCAGGAAGCAGUAGUGGAGGAACAGCUAUCAAACGCUAUUGCUAACGUGGACAGCGUCGGUGCAGUGGAGCAGAGAGAGGAACAGAUUCGUGAAGAGAUUCAGCUUCAAGAGGAUGUACAAGGAAAGGAAGUUGAACCCAUAAGGCAAAUGGAUGAAUAUGAGAGACAUCAAAUCCCAGAAGUCACAAUAGAAGAUCUGGGGCAGGACCACAAUAUCCCUGUACAUCAGGGCCAACCAGAGAUAUAAAACACACACACAUAAACACACUAGAGAAAACACCACUCUGUCAUCUAGGCCUCAGUCUCUUAUGUACUGUAUGGGAUAGCUUCUUAAUCAGCAUCCCCAAAAAUGGUCCUCUUCUGGAUCUGAGUUCUGAGUUUCUGCUAAUGCACAAUUCACUGGACUGUUAAACAUGUAGAUGGGUGGUCAAAAGGUCUUUCUGGUCAAAAUAUUUCUGCCACUGUAUUGGGAUGCUCAAUGAUUCCCAGAGCUUUUAAUGGGUUAAAGGCAGAAUGUAAUAUUAGUUGCAACAAUAAAACAGAAGCCAUGAUUAAAAGA